CUUAGCGGUAUGCUAACAACAACAACAACUGUCCACACCUCGUGUUUGUGCGACAAACGACAAAGCCGAUGCCCCGUGGCCUUGCAGACUCGGGGGAAGUGGUGUGAAGGAUCGCCCGGCACUGAUGGACGCCAGUGAGUGUGUCCUGUCGGCGGGGAGAGCCGUGCUGGACAUGGUGGGGCGGGAGUGGCAGCCUCUCUCCGCGGCCGAGCUGGAGCAGCGGCUGGACCUGGCGGUGGAGGAGAUCCUGGAGGCUGAGCUGUUGUCCGAGCUCCGAGCUCAGCCUCCUCCGGCUGUGAUCGUCCACUUACUGCAGACUCAACCCCAGGUGGGGCCCCAGGUCUCACCCCCAGCGGCGACAGCAUGCGGCCCCCAGGUGGAGGAGACACCCGCAGAGCCCCAGGAACGACUGGAGUCUGUGGACAGUGCAGCGGUGAAGUACAUCAAAGACCUGCUCCACAGCUCCAAAUCCCAGGCUCGUCUGGUGGGUCGGGCUCGCGUCUCUCUGUCUCACACCAUCCUGCUGUCCCUCACCCUGCUCUCCCAGCGGGUGAGCUACGGCUCAGUGUCCCGCCGCUUCCUCGUGGAGAAAGGAAACAUCCACAAGAUCUUCUUUUCCUUCUGUGAGCGUGUCAACACGCUGAAGGAGAUGCAAAUCAGAUGGCCAGUUGGCGAGGAGGCGGUGGACGCCCUUUUCCCGAUCUCCAGUCAAGGGAAGGGGCAAGAAGAUGGAGAGCAAAGUGUUCCUCAGGUGCUGGGAGUGUUGGGACACACUCGCAUCCCUAUCCGCCUGCCGAUAGGGAAACAUGACGUGGAGAGCACAGUGCCUGAGGUGAAGCGGGUGAAGGAGGAGGCCCAUCCAGACUCCUGGUUAAACCUGGAGCUUUUAUGUGACCGCAGAGGUCGGCUCCUCCAUUGCAGAAUCAGUAAAGGAUCAGACGUUGACCGAGGCUGUGCUCUCAGAGACCAACUGAAACAGCAUCCUGAACUGAUGCCUCCGGGCUCCUGCCUUGUAGCCAGAGCUGGCUACCCACUCACCGCUCAGUUUUUAACUCCAUAUGUCACAAGUCAAGGCCCGAGAGAGCAGCUCUUCAACAAGACACUGGAGGAGCACUUUCACAUUCUAGAUCAGGCUGUUGCCAACCUGAGAGCCAGAUUUCAGAGGCUUAGGUAUUUGGAUAUUGGGAGCUACAAUCGAGCCAAAGCUGUGGUGCUGACCGCCUGUGUGUUGCACAAUGCGUUUUUGGACAGUGGAUGGGUGGUUCAAGGAGAAGUGGAGAGAGAGGAAACCGUAACCCAAGAGGGGGAGGGGGACGUGGAUUAUGAGGGCGUAUAUAGACGUGACGCCAUUUCAGAUUUGUUGUUGAAAAGCUUUGAGUCUGGAUGACAUUUGUAAGGUCAUCAAGACUCCGCCGUCAGCUCGUGUCACGACAAUAAACUUCUUCUAUGUCACCCC